AUGGAUUAUGAAGGAAAGAGAUUUUCCAUGUCUUCCUGUGGGUAUCGAAGGAGAGGAAAUCAUAGGCAAAUUAAAUUAAGCGAAAUUCUUGAUACAAAUUCAAAUGCGUCCAAGGAAUAUGAUAUAGAAAUUUCCCAUAGAUGGCGCUGUUUGCCCUUGAUUUGCCCAUGAGGAAAAUUUUUUGGUUUGACCAAACCAUAUGGUACUGGUCGAACCAAAAAAAUUCCCCAGUGGGCAAAUCAAGAGCAAACAGCGCCAUCUAUGGGAAAUUUCUAUAUAAUUAAAAGUUAUAGUCCUACUUCUCCUUAUAGGGCUGCAGAUAAUGCAAAAAUAUUUCAGCCUUGUUUUAGUAGAAGUUAUAAUUAUUAUUCUCAAUUGCCUAGUGCUACCAUUUCUAUGAAAAUCAAACCAGUUACACACAGAAGACAUAAAAGUGAUAUAGGGGCUAUUGAGAAAAAAGAAGAAAAUAAUAGGCCGAAAUCAAGCUUAAAGCUAGAUGAUAUAAUCAAAGCAGAAAAAUAUGGGACAAAAAUUACUGGAAAAUUCGUGAGGAUACAGCUAGGAAAAUCAACCCCAACCCCUGCACCUAGUAAAAAAGAUAGUCGGCCUAAAACUUCUUAUAUAGCUCGAAUCCCUAUUGUGCACUAUGAAAAAUAA